UCCAGUCUCAAGGGGUUAACCGAAGACUGGAGAAAGAGCUGUGCUCAUCCAAAAAGCCUGCUUAAUGCUGCUGUUUGAAAGCGCACAGUAACGAAUCGAGAUGCUUUACGUGGUUCAUCCAGCAGUACUGCAGGGAGAGGCGUUUUUAAACGCAUCAGGAGGAGGCCCCGAGUCCUGAUGGCCCUCGGCAAUUAGGAAGAAAAAAAUCUAAAUGCAUCAGCCAUUUACGUGAAGACUCAACUAGCUCCAUAUGCACCUAAAUGGCUGCCUGGCGCCUGACGGCAUAACCAGCAUUUUACAGUAGGGACAAAGCAUUACUGAGACCGAGCGAACGUUUGCAUCCUAAUCGGCGGUUUAAGAGCAGUAGGAUGGAGCGGAUGUCUGAUGAUACACUGAGGCUCAACCUGUUAAAGCGAGGUCUGGAGUCACCCAGUGAGAGAGAGGAGGCGCUGUCAAAGCGCCUAAAAAUGGAGGGUCACGAGGCCAUGGAGCGCUUGAAGAUGCUUGCUCUUCUCAAACGCAAGGACUUAGCUGAUCUGGCUGCCCUAGAGGUCCCAGGGACGCUUGGAGAUGGAAAAGGCCCCAGUGCAAGCUCCAUCCACCACCAGAGUCUAAUGGGUGCGGCUUAUGAGGAGAAGCUGAAUGGAAGUUUAAGGCUUGGUAGCCACAGUGUUCAUGUCAGUCAAAGUAAGAAUGGAAAGGAAAACAUUAUGGAUGAGCCAGUGGAUAUGAGUGCUGGAAGAAGAUGUGAAGUUGAUCGUGACAGACAAACUCCUUCUCCAGAUGUCAUCAUACUUUCAGACAACGAGGCAUCCAGUCCCAGGACAACACCUCAACCUGAAGAGCGCAUGCAUCAGGCUAAUUUGGAGAUUUUUAAGGGAAAAACAGAAGAGGAGCGGCAGCAUAUGAUCAAAGCUCUGAGGGAAGAGCUGCGCCUGGAAGAAGCCCGACUUGUCUUGCUCAAGAAGCUUAGACAAAGCCAGAUGCAAAAGGAGAACAUUGUGCAAAAGCUUGCUAUCUGUGUGCAGGUCCCAGCAGUCCAGAGCUCUGCAUCCUGUGUUCAGCCUCCUCCAAUUCACAGCUCUUCAGGUAUCGGAAAGUUGCCUGUGAGGCCAAGCUUGCACAACACUGAGCCUCAAAAUCUCCGAACUGCACAGGGUCAUACAGUCAUUCGUUCAGCCAAUACCAGCCUGCCUCCAAUGCUUAUGUCCCAACGAGUGAUAGCCCCCAGUCCAUCCCAACUACAUGGCCAGAGACUGUCCUCCAAACCUGGAAUGCCACGAUCCAGCUCAUCCAGCAUGACCAGUGCGGUAAACUAUCAGCAGGCCAGCCAACAGGUGGCAGCUUCCCAACGCUCCAGCUCCAGUGCCAUGUACAUGAACCUGGCCCACAUGCAAGCAGCAGCAGCAGUGGGGGCCAGUGGUGUGACAGGUGGUCUUGCUGGAUCUUCAGCAGUCAGCCCAUCCACCAUGUCUGGCUCGGCCAGUGGAGCAGUUAGCUCCAUGGCUGACCAGGCCAGCAGUCAGGCAGCUGCCAAGCUGGCUCUACGGAAGCAGCUGGAAAAAACCUUGCUGGAGAUCCCUCCACCCAAACCCCCUGCCCCACUGCUCCACUUCCUCCCCUCUGCAGCUAACAGUGAGUUUAUCUACAUGGUGGGCUUGGAGGAAGUGGUACAGAGUGUCCUGGACAGUCAGGGUAAAUUCAGGGGGUCUUUGGCCCGUAUGGAGCCUUUCUUCUGUGCCCAGUGCAGAACAGAUUUCACACCCCACUGGAAGCAAGAGAAGAGUGGCAGAAUCCUCUGUGAGCAGUGCAUGACAUCCAAUCAGAAGAAGGCUCUGAAAGCAGAACAUACCAACAGACUGAAAAAUGCUUUUGUGAAGGCUCUUCAGCAGGAACAGGAGAUCGAACAAAGGCUACAGCAGCAGACAGCUCUCUCUCCCAGCUCUGCUGCUACGGGCUCCAACGUCUCCAAGACUGAUACGAUGAUCCGACAGCAUGCCCUGCGCCAGGCUCAGCAGCCUCAGGCUUCUCUGCAGCGAGGUUUGUCUAACUCUGCAAGAGGCGUCCUUUCCAACUUUGCUCAGGCUUCUCAGUUGUCAGUGGCCAGCAGCCUUAUGGGAAUGAGCAGUGCAAAGCACUGUGGUAGUGGUGGGAGUAGUAACAGACUGCAACAUGACAGCCGCCGUCAAAUCUACAACAUCCCAGGGUUAAAUAUUGCCUACCUGAACCCUGCAGCUGUUGGAGCCCAUAAGACUUCCAGCUUAGCAGACCGGCAGAGAGAGUACCUGUUGGACAUGAUCCCUCCUCGGUCCAUAUCGCAGUCCAUCACUGGGCAAAAAUGAGCCCCAUUAAUUUCUCAUGUGUGUCAGAGGCCAGCCUCAUUUGAUAACUUCCCCCAGUCUGAGGCACGCCCAGAUCAGCUGAUGUGUUCACCCCACAGUUUCAUCGCAUGCAGUGCCUGUCCGUGUGCCUACCUUAGACCAACCCAUGUGAACCUACCAAGCUGAACAAAACACAAGCUGUCAGUGCAUCUCAGUUGUUCUUAUUAUUGCAGAAAUUCCAUUCUUCUGUAAUUUCCUUUAUAAUCACUGGUGGUAGCGCCUAUACUUGCAACUGCCAUAUAAGCUUAAGUUAGUGUUAUUCAUUAUUUUAUAAUUUGCUUUUGAAGUGUUUGUUUGAUAUUUCUGUUUCCCUACUGUUUACCUUUUACUUCAAGGCACCCAGUCAUUGUCAAUUUAGUGAGACAAUUUGAAAAUGAUCAACAGGGUUCACUCUGGUUGCUAUGCAACAUAAAGUUACUCUGAAGUUUGUAAACAUGAUUUGUUUGCCAAGUAGUAUUUAAAGAAAGUGAAAAAUUCUGUUGGGAACAAAAACGGAUUAUAUUAGGCAGCAUUCGAUCUUGAAAGACAAUGCUGUUUUAAAGAAUUGAACAUUUGAGAUCAAAGUGUUUUCCAUGGAUCACCUCAAUGACCUGCCUCAAAGACAUCAUCAGAGUCAUCACAAUGAUCCACACCCAGAACUGAUUUCAGCCUGGAGUUCAGGGCAACACCUGGAUAUCUUGAAGUAGGCCCCAACCAACUUCAGUACCCACCAACUGAAAAAAGAAAAUUAUGUACAAAAGAAAAUCUUGUGGAAAUUAAGUGUGGAAACCCUCUCCACCAUUCAUCAGCAAGGGGUUUCCUGUGCUUUAGUUAGGAUGUCAGUCUUCUGCUGAUAUAGAUGUGUUGCUAACACGUAUGUGUAGGACAUUCUGUUACUAUCACCAUCAGAUGAAGGAGGUGGAGGGCUGAUAAACCAGAAGACAGAGGUGCCUGCACUGGCUAGUUGUUAAGAAGCCAGUUCAUGUUGUUUGUAACCUGCAAACAACCUCUCCUUCCAACUGUCCGUCAUACUUUACCUCUUCAUUAUUCACACACAUAGUGAACUCUUUUUAUCCCAGCAGUUCCUGUAGAGAACGUACCAAACAUACAACUUCAAUCUACAUCCAGAUCACAGAUUCUGUAUCUAAAAUACCCAACUCUGGGUUCUGGUUCCAGUCUGUGUUUUUACUUUUGUAAUUCCUGCAUUUGUUCUCUCCCAUUAUAUUUGCUUCUUUUUUUGUGCGCCGUCUCCAAAUGAUUGGUGGCGCACCUGAGAGAUGUCAGCCACUGGAGACGAUAAUAAUCUAAGACAUUAACUGUUGAUAAAUCUAUGGAUUGUGUAUAGAUACCUAGCUUCAGAGAAUUAAGGGGGUGGAUGUUUUACAGGAGAGACAUAGAUCAAUCAAUGUGUGCACAUUGUGCUCACAAGUUGCCUCACUCAAGAGGAGCACUUUUCAUAUUUCCAAAUGGAAAUUUUGUUUGUUUUCUGGCAAAGAGGAAAUGAAUGUUGGAAUGAAAGUGCAUAUGCAUUGUUUAUUGCUGAUGAAAUGUUUAGACCCCUGAACACAUGCUGUCCUAACUACAGUGUUCUGUCAAUCUAUGAAACACCAACAAGUUUAAAGUGUGCCCAGUUUAACUUUUAAUGUAAUGCGUUUCAUUUUCAAUGCCAUGUUAACAAGUAUUAGUAUCAGAUAAAGUUGAUAGACCCUUCCUCCUCUCACUAGUACCUUUCUUGUAAAGAAAGGUAUGACCUUACUUUCCCUACACCUCAAAAGUUAUAUCCAAAGUAUUUCACUGUACACUUUUCUCUACUUUGAUAGACAAUCUGCAUUCUUCUGUGAUAUACUCAGUAAGCAGGAUAUGGGCUCUGCUGGCAGUUCAAGGUUUGACCUUUUGAUUUUCAUGUUCUUGGCAUUAUAAAAGUCUCCAGCAUGAAGGUGCAGUACUUUGUGUUUUCUGUAGAUGUUCUUGUUGUAAGGGACCCUUUAUGGUGAAGGCCUUUGCACAGGUUCAUUGUGUUGGUGCCAGGUCCCAGUGGUUUCUGGCCCUCUUGUCAGGUGAGGAAAACCUAUGUGAUAAGAUGGUUUGCCUUUUUCAUAAGAGGAAAUUAAGUUUGAGUUAUUUCUCAUCUCUGGAUCUUUUUGCAUUCUUUUAUUUGUUCCUGAGUGAUGACCUGUACAAAUUUUGAUAAAAAUUUACUCUUUGCACAGUAUUUAUUUAUUUUUUUUAAACUGUCCAUGCUGUUUUCUUCAUUCUGACUGUGGUUAUAUUUGCACACUUCUUUGUUUGCAGGGUCUGUAGCUUCACUUUUUGAACAGGAAAUGGUGCAUGAUCCAUAUUCACAUUUUGUUGGCUGGAGCAGGACUUGAAGAACUCACACAAAUGAUAAAAUGUUAGUUGCACAGGUUCUUGCAUCUACAUGGACUCUGAGUCCAUAAACUGCUUGGUAGACUGAAGCUGUCUUAACCAUUGUGCUUAGUUAGUUUGCAAUAACUCAGGUAUUUCAAACAGUGUUCACUCGGUCUUCAGUAUUAUUCAUGGAUAUGGUGGUUACCCCGAGAUGCAGGGAAUUCUAAGGUGAUUUUGAGGGGAGGUCAAAUGAGUUCACACUGGGGUUGUCACAAUGCUAAAGUUUUAUACAGAUGUUAAGAAAUACUAAAUAAAGAGGCGUUUUUUUUUUUUUUUUUUUUAAAGAAGGCUUCUUUCUAGUUAAAAGCAAAAACUAUGAUUAAUUAAAACAUGAUUACAUUUUUGCGUCCAUAGCUGGGGCAUAACCAAUAAGUAUUGAAGAAUUUAAAUAUACAUAACAUCCUUUUGACAUUUUAGGCAAAUAUAAAGCGGUCAAUUUAUAUCGAUUUUGAUAUUUAUUAUUUUGACAACCCUAGUUCACAGUACUCUGGACUGAAACAUUUCCUACACCACAUUUUACAAUCUUCAGUCAUCUCAGAAAUCUGUCUUACCUAAAUGAAUGCAAAAUCACAUGGAAUAUUUUUAAACUCACCCAUUUCUGCAUCUAGAUAGGCACACAUACACAUUUAAAGUAUAAUGUGCCACAUGAGAAUCAACUGUCUUUCUUGUUCCGGACAAAAUGAGUUCUUCUAAACAGAUUUUUCUUCUAGUUUAACGGUAGGUGUGAUUCCAUUAUAUUUCACUUUUAAACUUCGAUGCUCUUCAUUCAAGUAUUCGCCUUAAAUUUUCUUGAAUUUGUUUGGGGCCGCUUCAAAAAAAAUCCCCCAUGGUGCUAUACACAGUCAGUACAGAGGUGCAUUAUAGUGAACCUAUACAGUUGAAUAAAUACAUUGGUUAAAUUAAAUCAAAUCAUUCAAGUUCACUUCAUCAUCUAUUUACAACAAAUGCCAUGUCUAGGGAGAAAAAAGGGUCAAUUCAUAUCCAAAUAUAGUGAAUUCAAAUCAUUUCAAAUUCAGUUCAAUUCAAUACUUUUCAUUGCAAAACAUUCACAUACUAAGGUUUGAACUCAGUUUUACAGUUUCCUAUGCAUUUAAUAUAAAUUUAUCACAAGAUAUCAGUAAAAAGUUGCUGGAAGCCCAGUUGAUAACAUAAAGUCAUUGACAUUGCAGCAACCCUUACUCCUGAGCUACAAUGUGGCCACAAUAAAAAUUGAAUAUUCCCUUUGAAAUUGGUUUAAAAAGUCCAGCUUGCUUUAGUCUGAGGGCCACCUUCAAGGACUGACCAGAAGUUAAAGGUCAGGAAACAGACCCUGAAAAUAGACGCUCCAGUCCAACUCUACAGUAUAACGGAAAACAAAAUCUGACUUUAAUGGAAGCAUUAGCUUCAGCCUGGAGUAGCAAAACUGUCUAACACUUUAAAUAUUUCCAAACUGAAGGCUAGUGCUCCUUCUGUGGCCAAAGCCUAAAUCUUGAGUCAAACUUUUAUCAUAACGGAGGCUUUGAGCCUAGUCUUAAAAGUCAAUUGGGUGUUUGCCUCAUGGACAAGAACUGUAAGCCAUUUCCAUCCAAAAAAGUCUGAUAAAUGAAUCAUUAUUUUGUUAGCCAGGUUAUAUUAUAGAAGGGUGUAGUACAACCAAAUCCUUAAGAAUUCACCCUUGUUACUUAGAGAAUUAUAUGUAUUAAAAAGAUUUUUAAAUUAUGUUCUUAAACUUAAAAGGGCCAGUAAGUAGAAACUAAAAUUGAAGACAUAUAUAUUAUCUCCUUUACUUUUUGAUGCAGGUAAAGACCUUUUUUUUCCUUUGUUUUUGGCCUUUCUAAUCAUAGAAACCUGUUGUAUUCCAGCCUAGGCCUAGUUUUUCUGGACCACUUUGGACGUUUAACAUUCGGACGGGCAAUAUUUUUAAAAUUGUUAUCUUACAAUCUUACUAGGAAUAUCACUGCAAUAUAUUUGUAGUAUAUAUACUUUAAAUAUUUGUAGUACUAUUACUAGAAAUAUUAUUUUAGUAUAUUUGUAGUAAAGAGCAUAAAAAUGUGGUACUCCAAAACUUAAAUUUUGGUAUAUGUUAAUUUUGAAUUAACAUGAACAAACUGAAUUAUCUUGGACAAAUAUGAGCUGGCCAACACAUUUUUCAAUUGGGCCUAAUUAGAAUCCCUGCCAUCCAUAACUGUAUUUAAAGGCACAGAUUUAUUUUAGUUUGGUUGAUGAGGUUAUCUUAAUUAAAGUACAUUAGAAUCUUCAUUUUCGCGAUACAGAUCAGUAUUGAUGGGUAAAUGAGGACUCAUGAAGCGUUUUGACCCAAAACAAAACUAUUGAUAGUGUGUCACAGAAUACUGACACCUGCUGGACAUCAAAAAUCCCUACAGACAACAUAGUUGGCAGACUAAUUUGAUGACCUAGUCUAUGCAGGUCUAGACUUAAGUCAUUGUAUUUUUUUGCAUAUUAUCUAUUGUAUUAUUUCAUAUUUUCAGUUAUAUUCUUAAAUACAGUCAAAUAAUGUUAACAUGUACCAUAACAUGAAAAUGUAUGUGAAUGUGUUUGGAAUGAGGAUGCUUGUGAACUGGGGUUUUCCCACAAAUUUUCAUUUUGAAAAAUAAGUUUUUCCAAAAUUUUGAAAUUUAGUCUGUUAUGUUUUUUUGACACAACUUCUCCUGCUGUAGAAUAAAUGAAGUAAACAAUACAUUUAUAUGAAAAAAUUUAUAGAAAGCAACUGAGUAAUUUGUAGAAUGGCUAUAUACAGUUAGGGCCAGAAAUAUUUGGACAGUAACACAAUAUUUGUGAGUUGGGCUCUGCAUGCCACCGCAUUGGAUUUGAAAUGAAACCUCUACAACAGAAUUCAAGUGCAGAUUGUAACGUUUAAUUUAAAGGGUUGAACAAAAAUAUCUGAUAGAAAAUGUAGGAAUUGUACACAUUUGUUUACAAACACUCCACAUUUUAGGAGCUCAAAAGUAAUUGGACAUAUAAACAUAACCCAAACAAAAAAGUUUUUUCUCAAUAUUUUGUUGCGAAUCCUUUGGAGGCAAUCACUGCCUUAAGUCUGGAACCCCAUGGACAUCACCAAACGCUGGGUUUCCUCCUUCUUAAUGCUUUGCCAGGCCUCUACAGCCGCAGCCUUCAGGUCUUGCUUGUUAGUGGGUUUUCCGUCUGAAGUCUGGAUUUGAGCAAGUGAAAUGCAUGCUCAAUUGGGUUAAGAUCUGGUGAUUGACUUGGCCAUUGCAGAAUAUUCCACCUUUUUGCUCUCAUGAACUCCUGGGUAGCUUUGGCUGUAUGCUUGGGGUCAUUAUCCAUCUGUACUGUGAAGCGCCGUCCGAUCAACUUUGCAGCAUUUGGCUGAAUCUGGGCUGAUAGUAUAUCCCGGUACACUUCAGAAUUCAUCCGGCUACUCUUGUCUGCUGUUAUGUCAUCAACAAACACAAGUGACCCAGUGCCAUUGAAAGCCAUGCAUGCCCAUGCCAUCACGUUGCCUCCACCAUGUUUUACAGAGGAUGUUGUGUGCCUUGGAUCAUGUGCCGUUUUCUUUCUUCUCCAAACUUUUUUCUUCCCAUCAUUCUGGUACAGGUUGAUCUUUGUCUCAUCUGUCCAUAGAAUACUUUUCCAGAACUGGGCUGGCUUCUUGAGGUGUUUUUGGGCAAAUUUAACUCUGGCCUGUCUAUUUUUGGAAUUGAUGAAUGGUUUGCAUCUACAUGUGAACCCUUUGUAUUUGCUUUCAUGGAGUCUUCUCUUUACUGUUGACUUAGAGACAGAUACACCUACUUCCCUGAGAGUGUUCUGGACCUCAGUUGAUGUUGUGAACGGGUUCUUCUUCACCAAAGAAAGUAUGCGGCGAUCAUCCACCACCGUUGUCUUCCGUGGACGCCCAGGCCUUUUUGAGUUCCCAAGCUCACCAGUCAAUUCCUUUUUCCUCAGAAUGUACCAGACUGUUGAUUUUGCUACUCCAAGCAUGUCUGCUAUCUCUCUGAUGGAUUUUUUCCUUUUUUCAGCCUCAGGAUGUUCUGCUUCACCUCAAUUGAGAGCUCCUUUGACCGCAUGUUGUCUGGUCACAGCAACAGCUUCCAAAUGCAAAACCACACACCUGGAAACAACCCCAGACCUUAACUACUUACUUGAUUACAGGUUAACGAGGGAAAGGCCUUUUGAGUUACUUGCAGCCUUUAGAGUCCAUUGUCCAAUUACUUUGGUCCCUUGAAAAAGAGGAGGCUCUGCAUUACAGAGCUAUGAUUCCUGAACCCUUUCUCCGAUUUGGAUGUGGAAACUCUCAUAUUGCAGCUGGGAGUGUGCACUUUCAGCCCAUAUUAUAUAUAAAUUGUAUUUCUGAACAUAUUUUUGUCAACAGCUAAAAUAACAAAACCUGUGUCACUGUCCAAAUAUUUCUGGCCCUAACUGUACCUGAGUUCAUCCUAAGUGUAUCUGAGACUUCAUUCUGAUGCCUGGCCCUGUAAUGCCUCAGUAUUGAGCAGGUGGAUUUAUUUAAAUAAGACAGUUCUGUCAAACAUAUGCAACACUUAAUCUGCAGAACAUAAUAUGAAAGUAAACUAAGAGUCAAUUUCAGCUGAAUUUGGAUUCAGACAGAUCAAGUAGAAAAUAAAAAGAACAGGUUGAAACAACAACGAAGUGAUAACCAAUAUCUUAUUUGGUCCCAAAUUACAAAACCUUUUGUUUGCCUUCAGGCUGUUCCAUAGUUCACGCUGUACCAUAAAAGAUUAAGAAUUAUUUUGGCAAAUGCAUUCCGUUGACAGAUUCGCUUCCUUAUAAGCACAGUUUGGCACCAGUGUCAUUUAGAAACGGUUCUUGUUUCGGUCACGUGACUUGCUGAAAGCAAUACGCACACCAACACGGGUUUGUCUAUGGGUGUGACACAUCGGUGUUGCCGGACCCAUCACUACAGAUCAGUUUUUUAUGUUUUAACUAUUCCUGAUAAUUUAUGGCAGCAUAUGACAGUGAAUGAUGUUACUUUUGUCAACAACUGAUGCUGUCUUUAUAUUUUGGCAAGACAAAGGUCUCUUGUUUAGUUCUCUCCUCUCAUGCCCUUGGUCUAUCUGUUCAUCAAGCACAGCUGUUUCAAAAGCGUCCUCCCUCCAUCAGACAGUUAUUCUGGCUGGCUAUGCCUGACAUGUUCUCUUUUCAGUAGAUGUGGUUUAAAUUUGAAUAAUCUUCCACAGGUAAGUUAUUCUCUAUCCGUGGCCUCUUAUAAGAACAACAGUUCAAACAAAUCUAUCUUUUAUCUGCAUACUUUGACCUGAUUCCAGUGAGCCUUGCACUGUUCUGUCCAUUGCUCUGUUCUUUUAUAACAAACUGACCAAAUGUCAGUGACAUUUAACUUACCAAAACAUUUAUCCAAUAAUACAGUGAUUCUAGGCUCUACAACCUCUCAUAAAUGUUUCAGUUGAAUAUCAACUUUAUGCAUCUCAGAAAUUAAGAUGCGUGUGUGUGGGGUUGUUUUUUGUUUGUUGGUUGUUGUUUUUUUUUAUUGUGGCUGCCCAUUGAAGCAUUUUGUAUCGCAGUACUGCACCAUGCACGUUGUAUUAGAAAUGCUUGAUUCAUUUUUCAAGUAGACAUCCACAUGAGUACAAGAUGGUUGUGUUGUAGUAACUCAGUCCUGCCAAUGUCUGCACCACAUUUAUACUGAAAUAUAAGCAUUAGGUGUAUAAUCUGCUUAAUUGCUUUUUUGGUUUUCUAUUUAAGUUAUCAUUGACUUAAGUUUUAUAAAACAUUAUCUCUAUCUAUCUAUGUAGCAAUGUUAUAUAAAUUUUUUGCUAUCUGCACCAUGCUUGGACUACACUAAACAAUGUGACACAGUAUGUGUUAUCGUUCUCCUGCCAAGUGUAAAGUUGAAUUUGAGAAAGAACCAAACCCUCCUGUGUCUCAUACUUUUCUGCAGAUGCAUCCAUGUACUUUUGUUUGGACUUUUUUUUUUCCAGCUUCGUUUUUAGGUUUCUGAAAUACUUUUAUUCUGAUGUCUUGACUAAGUUCAAUUUUCUGUUUUAUUGCAGUUUUAAAAAAACAUAAAUGUAUUGACUAUUGAAAUAAAUGACACAAUAUUUGCUAGGUUUGAAGUAAUAACUUAUUGUACAGAAGCAUUUUUCCUCCCUUGUACUGAAAAAUAAAUUAAAUGGGUGUACAUUGUGUAGAAAAGCAAACAAAAAGCCAUGAAUAUUGUGAAGCUUGUCAUUUUGUUUUGUGAUCACUGUGUAUUAUUGUGUAACAAAUGUGCAAAACGUUAGGGAUUCCAUUCAACCCUGUCCACUCCCCAACCCCCAUCCACCAAACCCCAUGUGGUCUUGCUAGAAGCAAUUGCUUGAUUUUUUUUUUAUUUUUGCUUGUUUUUGUUUUUUUUUUGUUUUGUUUUUUUUUUAGACUAAGGUUUGCAGUAAAGUGUUUACUGAUUCAGGUGAACAACCUUUGCAGUCAAUGACUGAGCUUUUGAAGCAUUUAAACUUGAUGUGUAAAUUAAGGUGGGAAUUGAAGUUUUUUUUUUUAAUUCAAUUGCUAUUCUUGUUUGAACAUGGUGUAAAGAAGCACUUAUAUAUAUGUUACAGUAGCUUAUAAUUUGUGAAAGUCCAGCCUACUCAGACAAGAUGUGUUCAUGCUAAAUGGUGGUGACCUGAUCAUUCUGAAUCAGUGAUCACUUUUUUUGCCAAUACCAGCAUACAACAGUUGUGUUCCUGCACUCUUUGACUUUCUUGUAUUGGUUAUUGCUGCUUAUGCUGGAAAAAUACACACCGCAGAAUCCAGUUCAUCAAAUAAUUUUAUUUGCAUUUUGGUGAUAAUGUUGAAACAGAUGUUGAAAUCAACCAGAGACGAACUGAAGACAUUUUUGUUUUGCUUACAUCAAUCCUGACCUUUUGCACAUACUUAAUAUUUAACUAUCUUCAAAGGUAAAAAAUAAUGCUGUUUGAAUACUGCCAGUUGAUUGACAAUUAUGCAUUGAUUGAAAAAAAUAAGCUAAUUUUGGAGGAAUUAACUUUGUAAUAUUUAUCUCUUGCAAGCUAUGUUUAAUAAAGGUUGAAACAAUUUGC